AAGGCAGGAGCAGAGAGCGGUGGAGGGGCCCACAUCAGCCUAGAUCAGCCCGUCUUUCCUGCUCGCUGUGGAUGCAGCGUUUUCUCCUCCUUUUUUUCCCCUCCGUGAAUCUGUUUCUCACUCAGUCUGUUUGUUUUUUUUUUUAUUCCUUUUUUUUUUCUUUUUAACGAAACGCUUGUUUAACAAUGGCGGGGGCUAUAAUCGAGAACAUGAGCACCAAAAAGUUGGUGAUAGUGGGAGUUACUCUGCUUUUGUUCCAGGCGCUCUCCUUCAUGGUCGGAGGAUUAAUUGCUCCCAGCCCCACCACCGCCAUCAACUACCUGGCAACGAAGUGCGUGGAUACAACCAAGAACAAACAAGAAUCCAAGUGGUUCAUGCCUUGGGGUCCCAACCACUGUCAAAAGAUCUCCACGUUUGAAGAGGCCGUGGCCAAAAGGAUCGAAGCGAACAACAUCGUGUUCGCCGUGCACAUUCCCAUGCAGGGCAAAGAGAUGAGCCCCUGGUUCCAGUUCAUGUUGGUCAUCCUACAGUUUGACAUCUUAUUUAAGAUGCACAACCAGAUUGGUAAGAAGCAAAGCAGCUUCAGACUUUCAGAAACAUGAUAAACGAUAAUAUUA